AUGGGAUCCAACGGAGCAAACCUCAUCGCCUACGCCGCUCUCACCGCCCUGUUGAUGCUGGUCGCCGGGGGCAGCCAGGCCGCCCCGAUGGAGUGUCACUUUGACUCAAGAGCGCAGUGUGGCUUUGAGGGGAGGAACUACACCAUGGGGGAGACCUGGAUGGACAACGCCUGCAUGCAGUGCACCUGCCUCCACCCUAUGGGUGUGGGCUGCUGUGAGACGGUACACCGGCCAGUGGACUUCCCCGCGGGAUGUGAGGUGCGCGUGGAAGCGGUUACGUGCAAAGUGUCCCUGGUGCAGGCGGCCGACCCCCGUCUGCCCUGCAUCCCUGGGGAGAACCACCUGCUGGACCCCAGCCAUGGGGCCCUAAAGCUGGGGGAGUAG